AUGGUCGUCUACGCCCUCGUAGCAACGUUCUUGCCAGUCAUUUGGGUGCUUCACCGGAUUUUUGCGAUCCCUGCGCACCUCCGGCAUUUGCCUACCGUUCCGCUGUGGCCCUGGGUCUGGAGCUACCUCACGGCGAAGCCGGACAGCUAUCGGUGCCAGCGGUUUUUGUUGCCGAUGAGGGACGAGCGCGGGGAGGGGCUGAUAUUCCAUCAUAUUCUGAUGAACCACGGAAAGUUCGUAAAGGACUACCCCGACAACGACACGAUGUUCAUCCAGCUCAUCGGCACACACAGCGUCGGCCUCGCGACGGGCGACGACUGGAAGCGGCAGGCGCCGAUCGUGAAGCAAGCAUUCUCCCUCCCGGUUCCGAUCCCUGCGUUCGUGGCGCUCGUCAGGAGCGCUAUCGACGUGGUAAAACACACGACCACGGUCACGCACGAUCAGGGUCAAGGUCAGGAGGACGCACCGACACACACGGUGCGGUGGUCGGAGUUGGCGCAGCGCAUUGCGCUCGACGGCCUCGGUAUUGGGUUAAUUGGACACAACUUCGACGCGGUGCGGACGCGCUCGAGCUUCGUGGAGGAUUACAACAAGCUGAUGCCGGCGCUGGCGAGCCCGCCGUAUGUGUUGUUUCCGCGGCUCGAGCGGCUGUUGCCGCGCCCCGAGGUACGAGCACGCAUGGAUCGGUUCGUGGGGUCUCUGGUGCACCUACUGCACGCGAAGAGGGAUAACCCCGGCGACGACAUCAUGACGUUCCUGCUCAAUAACAAAGAGCUGUCGGAGGUCGAGCUGAGGGAUAAUAUGGUGACGUUGUUUAUUGCUGGACACGACACCACAGCAGGCGCCAUGGCCUCCUUCAUGUACUUCCUCGCAAAGCGACCUGAGAUCCAACAAGCAUGCCGCAGCGAGGUCCUCCGCGUGCUCGGGCCCACCGCCGACCCGACGCAGGCAAUCCUGGGCCCCGACUCGCUCCCGUACCUGCACGCGUGCAUCCACGAAACGAUGCGCAUCAACCCGCCCGCGUCAUUCGUCGUCUCGCGCGCAGCGCAGACAGACGUCGUGCUCGACAGAUACCUCGUCCCAGCGGGUACACCGCUGGUGCCCAACAUCCACGCGAUGCACCACAGCGCGCGGGUGUGGGACGAGCCGGAGGUGUUCCACCCUGAGCGGUUCCUCGACGCGAAUGGCGGCGCGGCGGACCUCAGGGCCGGGGCCACCAGCAGCAGCAGUGGCGGAUGGAUGCCGUUCGUCACCGGCCCGCGUAAGUGCCCCGCGCAGAACUUUGCGCUGUACGAGAUGCGGACGAUCGCGGCGAUGUUCCUGCGGGAGUUCGAGUGGACGCUGCCGAAGGGGUCGAUACACGAGAAUGGGAUCCAGAACUCGUUCUUUGCGUUUUCGUUGUCGAUGCCUUAUGAUCUAGACAUCACAUUUCGGCCGUUGAGGCAGGAGGGCGAGAGUGGUGCGGCGUAG